AGAAAAGAGGAAGAACGCCACCCCUUGAUAUAUGCAUCUCACCACUCCCCACUCUCUCUCCAACAAACAACAACAAUAUAGAAAUACUAAUUAUAACCCCCCCAUCUCUCUUUCAUUGCCUUUUAAAUCCCCACACCCCCUCUCAAAACUCCCACACACUCACAAAAACAUCAAAAAAGAAAAAGGAAGAAGGAAGAAGGAAAAAAAAAGUGAUGAGAACCCAAAACCCCACUUCCCUUUUUCACUCACUUCUCAAAUCCAUGUUAGAAUAACAUUUAAAAAAAAAAAUACCCCCCACCCAUCAGAAAAUGAUGAACAGAUUACACUCAUCAUCAUCUUCAGCCUCGGACCCUUACUACCCCUUCAAUGGCCUUGACAACAACUGGGACGUCACCCAAUCCAAUUACACCCACCAAGGCUUUGAUCCCCCUUUACCACCAAUCCCCAUGAGCACCAGCUUCCCUUUCUACUCUCCUCAAAUUGGUUUCGUGAAGAGAGAAGAUGCUUUUGGAGUGGGAGCUGGCAGCAGGCCCAUCGGGCUUAAUUUGGGCCACAGGACCUACUUCUCCUCUUGUGAUGCGUUGGCCAUUGACAGGCUGCUGAUGGGCCGGCUCCAUAACCAGCAUCAGCCCAGGUGCCAGGCCGAAGGGUGCAAGGCUGAUCUCUCCGGAGCUAAGCAUUAUCACCGGAGGCAUAAGGUUUGUGAGUUUCAUUCAAAGGCCACUGUGGUUAUUGCUGGAGGGACUCAGCAGAGGUUUUGCCAGCAAUGCAGCAGGUUUCAUGUGCUGGCUGAGUUUGAUGAGUCUAAAAGGAGCUGCAGAAAAAGGCUAGCUGAUCAUAACCGCAGGAGGAGGAAACCCCAGAACAACAACAACAGCAGCAACAACAACAACAACAGUGCUUCUUCUUCAACAACUACCAACUCCUCUGACAAGACAAAACACAAUGCUCCUAGGCCUUUAAGAGAUUCUAAUGCAGCAAGCAAAUGUACAACCGCAUCAACUACUACCGGUAGUGGAGCCUUGGAGGUUAACCAAGGGGAGCAAAAUGAGGGAAGCUUAUACAGGAAAGGGCCAGCUCUGUCACUUGGAGGAGCUCAACAGCUCCUACACAACAAUUAUCAGCAUCAUUUCUCUCCUUCAACUACUUCAGACAGCAUCACCAGCAGCUUCUAUCAUCAGAGCCUCUUCGGCCCAAGCCCACAUGAGCCAUCUCAACCCGGUGGGUCAGGGUCUGACCAGCACCAGACCAACCUCCUCCAUCUGGGUCAAGCCAUGUUCGAGGUUGACUUCAUGUAGCACCGUAGGGAGAUCGAGAGUUGAUGUGAUCUCAAAAGAAACUGGUGCAUGUAUUAACUUGUAUGCUAUAUCUUCCUCCUUUAAGCGGGAAUGACCUUUGUUUCCUUUUGUUGUGAAAGUGAGGUACUUUUUUACUUACUCCCAUGAUUUUGUG